AUGCUGUUCGGAGGGACUCAGACUCGGUCGUUGAAAAAGGCAAAUUACGUCGAGAAGAUUGGCGACAAUGAGAGGAUUGAGGACGUACUGGAGUCCCUAGAAGUCAGAGAUGACACGAAGGACACCCAGCCCCAUCUGAGCAUGAAUGAACAAAACGCAAAACGGGCCGAGGAAAUGUCAAAGGGAAAAAUGUUGACAACGCCAUCACGAUUGUUCAAAUUGAUCAUUCCUCUAACAACCAUCGACACAAAAGGCAACAAUGACAAGGGAAUCGAGCCAAUCGCAAUCCUAGUCCACCCCCAACAACCCCUCUCCUACCUAGAACAACUCAUCCAAUCCGAACUCCCCCCAAUUGGAGGCGAAAAAGAAAAUCUCCGCCCACCCAUCAUUUCAUUCAUAGCCCUGCAACACGAAGACAACGCCAUCAAGCCCAAAAAGCGUGUCGAUGAGCUCGAAAACACAGUCGAAACAGAACAGCAACAUGGCGCCCCCGCGCGCCGCCGUCGAUCCCAUGAAGAAGAUGCAGAGAUCUACAGCUAUCCUCGGAAAACAGACUCAAGCCUGGACUCUCUGGACGGCAAGCCUGAACGCUUCGUACGAUGGUCCCAAGCCACCGAAGUGGGCGACUUCAUCCGCGAUGCAGCACGCACACGCGAGUUCAUCGUGUCGAUAGAAGGUGCACCGAGCGGACUGGGAGAGAUUCGUGUGGCUGUCCCGUCAUUUGAUGAACGUACAUAUUUCCUUCGAAUGCGCUUGCGGAAGCUUUCGCGCCGUAUCCAAAAGAUCGCAGAGGUCAAACACAUGUGCGAUGAGUUGGCGCAGCGUGGUGCGCAACGAGUUGCGAUUGGAGGAUUUGGAAUUCUCUCGGUAUGGUGGUACAGUGUUUAUAAGUUGACCUUUGAGACGGAUCUGGGAUGGGAUACUAUGGAGCCGGUUACGUAUCUGGUCAGUUUGUCCACGUUGAUGGGUGGUUAUUUGUGGUUUUUGUAUCACAAUCGGGAGAUCUCGUAUAAGUCUGCCCUCGACUUUACGGUCAACGCACGACAGAAGAAGCUGUACCAGCAGCAUAAGGUUGAUUUGCAGCUUUGGGAGACGCUUAUUGAGGAGGGGAAGUCGUUGAGAAGGGAGAUCAAGGGUAUUGCGGCGGAAUAUGAUGCGGAGUGGAAUGAGCGGGUUGAUGAGCAGGACGAGCGGGUUACUGAGGCGCUGAGGUCGGAUCAGAAGGAUGAGAAGAACAAGGACGGUCAGGAGAAGGACAACAAGGAGAAGGAUGGUGAUUGA